ACCAUGCUUCAAUACCGUGGCGGAGGCGGUAAAUCCUCUGCUAAUUUUGCUGAAUGCGCGUACCUCCAUAGGGGUCUGCGUGAGGAUCUUGCAGCUCAACUUCCUCGAGGUGAUGAUCGUCCGAUUAACCACGUAGUCUUCGUUAUCCACGGCAUUGGACCCAUCUACAAUAUGCGUUGUGAGGGUCUCAUCAGUUGUGUCAAUGAUAUGCGGAGGACAGCGACCAAUCUCUUGUCUACUCACUUCAAAGACGUACCGGAAAAAGGACGAGUUGAAUUUCUACCUGUUCGUUGGCACGCAGCCCUUCAUUCCGAGUCUACGGGUAUCAACAAUAGACUAAAGCGUGUGACUCUACGCAGCAUUCCUAAGAUGCGUAGCUACACCAACGGAACUCUCACUGACAUUCUCUUC